AUGGCUGUUCCAGAGAAAACUCUGGAGGCCACUGUUGAUUUCAAGUUGUUUCCCAUUGAAAACAUCAGUGAGGAAUGUUUGAUUAAAAAGAAGCGCGAUUAUAUGGAACUCUUAAGUCCUUGGAUUCUAAGCUAUCCUUGGUGCAAAGAAAGUUUCUCAAUUAUGCCCCCAUGCUCCCAAAAUACGCGUAUGCACCUAUUCGGUCGUGUGGAUUUCGGGGAGAGUAUCGAUGAUGAGUGGUUCAUUGUAUGGUUGCNAUUUCAAAUCAGUCAAAAUGAUCCGUCAGUGGUGAUUCAAGUGCAUGAUGAAGAUGGUCAAUUUCUUCUGAUUGAAGCGGCGGACGAAUUGCCCGAAUGGUUAUCACCGGACAAUGCGGAGAAUAGAGUUUGGAUCCACAGGGGCUUGGUGUGUAUUAUUCAACGGGAUUUGUCAAAACAGUUGUCCGUUAUUGAUGCUCUUAAUCUGUUUGCAUCCAACCCAAAGGACAACAGCGCGUUUUUUACCUCGGAUGGACUCCAGUUGGCAAUUGCUAAGCGUAUUCAUGGGUAA